CUUUAAAAUAGAUUAUCUUUCGCGCCACGAACGGAAAGUGACAGGUAAAAAUCCAUGUGAAGGUUGACGACAGUGGAGAGUUCCUUAAUUUGUUUAAGUUUCUCAGUAUGGUCGAAAACGAGAAACCUUGGCCCGAACCUGCUCCAGAUUGGCCUUCAGCGAGAAAAACUUGGAAGUUGGCCUGGCCUUUCCACAUUUAUCUUUUUACAGCCCUAAACGUUUUGGUGGUGAUUCGCGGCACGUACGACUUAGUCAAACGAGGAAAAACGCAUUUAAGGAGGAAGGAUCAUCGCUUCUUGAUGAAUUUACUUCUUAUAUUGUUCGGCUUCAGUCGUACAAUGUACCUGCUUUGGAAUCCGUACGAAUCGGAUCCUGAUGUUGCCAAAACAGUUCUGGUAAUCUGUAUCGUCACGUUUGGUAUCGGAACUGCAUGUAUUGUAUCAGCAUUUAGUUUUGUGCUGUUGAUCGUUCUAGAAAGCACACGCAUUUCGCUCGCUCCCAGCAAGUUUCAAAACAGAGGAUUUCUUCUUGGACUUUCCAUCGUCAACAUUCUGUACGUGAUCGUGUCUGAUUUAAUCGUUGCCAAUUUUCACGAAGCUAAAGCUAUGAUAAUAGUUUGUCAAGUCAGUUUUGCUGCCUGGGGAUUUCUGAUUGCGAUAGGGUUUAUUACAGCUGCCGCACGACUUUGGCGCAACUUGAAAGCUUCGCGUCAAACCUCUCAGUACGACCCUGUUCUGGCUGCCGAGAGUAAGAAGGUCAGAAGAUUGGUCAGUUUGCUUUAUUCAUCGUCGUUUUGCGGAGUUUUAACGUUCUCAACCAUUGUUUAUUCAGCCUUUGGCGCAACAGGAGUGAAUAACGAGUCUGGUUUAGUGAGGAGUUGGCCUUGGAUUGCAGUGAAGACAUUAAUGAGAACAUUAGAGGUACUGAUGUGCUUGCUGAUAUACCUAGUCGCUUUGAAAACGAGAACUUCUAAGCCCACGAAAAAUAAUCAGAUCAGCAAUGACUCGACGCUAGAGAGGGUCAACUGCUCGACGCAAACAUUUUGACUGAAGCACCCGAGACCGUGAGUUCGAACAGCUUCUUUCUCAAAGUUAACACUUUGACCACUUCACACGGGACAUGACAUUCAUUCAUACAGGGAGGAAAUGAUUUAAUAGCACUGCGUUUGGAAAGAAAUAACCUUAGGUUAUUCGCCCAUUUAAUUCUUUAUGACCACAAUUAUAUAGUCGUAUAUUCAUGUUUUUCGCUGCUAAUGUUUUUAUUCCAGGCUUGAUUUACAAAUUACGCCGGAACUGGUCUAAUAACAAAGCUUAAUUUUCAAUUGGUGUCGUUUUUUUUUUACUUCGACACAAUUUGCCACAUCAAUUAGCGAAAUAUGUGUAAAGAGCAACUUUUCUUAACCGAAGGCCGCUCUUUUGUCUAUCUACUUUCAGCUAUUAUUUUCUAUUUACUGAUUCAUAUGAAAGGCACUGAAAAGCGUUCAAUUUAACCAUAUACUUGAACAUAUCUUGCUUUGAUUUCUCCGCCUACUUAGAAAGAUAAAGGGAACGUGAACACUAAAUAUCGCUGAAUUGUAAUGGAUAAAAUUGUAAAAUUUAACACCUGCGGAUAAAGUGUAUUUUGGUGUGAGAUGAAAUGUUUAAUAGAGAUAAUAAA